CUGAUUGGUGUCCCAGUGACAAUUUGAUUGACAUUUGCUGAAUAAAUUCGUUGAAACAGCUGUGAAGCAUCGUCGUGCGAGAAUAUUUACAAAUAAAAAUAUUUCCUAGAAUCUGGAUACAGCUAACUUAGUGUUUGUAUUCGUAACUAACAUCGUUAGUUAAUUGCUAGUGAUAUCGUUAGUGACGCUAUAAAAAUCAGUUUGAAUGACUCAUUAAUUAAACAGUGUAGUUUUUCGCUCUUAUUUAACUCAAGGCUGCGGUAAUAAAGAAACGUUUUAGUGAAUAUAAUGUGUGGUUCGACAUAAUGGUGGAAGAUAAUGAUCGCGGUUACGGAAGGACCGCCAACAAGAGCACGUUGCUGAAGAUUGUGAUACUAGGAGAAGGUGGAGUGGGGAAAUCAUGUUUAAUGAGCAGGUUUAUAUCGAACCACUUCGAUGACCACAGUUUUCACACCAUCGGAGUCGAGUUCAUGAACAAAACAAUAGAAGUCAAUGGAAAGUCAUACACAUUACAGGUAUGGGACACAGCAGGACAGGAACGCUUCAAGUCUCUCCGGACGCCUUUCUACAGAGGCUCCGAUAUAUGCAUCUUAGCAUACGCCAUAGACGACCGCAGCUCCUUCAAUAAUAUAAAGAUGUGGCUCAAUGAGUUUCUACACUACGCUGGAGUGAAAAAUGGCAUUGAUAGAUACCCAUUUAUGGUGGUCGGCAAUAAGUCAGACGUUUCUUCGAAAGACAGAGAGGUGACAUACGACCAAUUGAAACAGUGGUGCGAGGAGAACAAGAUUGCGACUUACAUUGAGACGUCCGCGAAGAAUGAUAAUAAUGUCGUCGAAGCAUUUUCCAUGGCUGUACAGAGAUGGGUGGACCUUGAACAAAGAGCAGAAAAAGAGUUGGGCAUGCUCCACCAUCCUGACACAGUGACCCUCCACGGCUCCACUACAGCAUCAAGCAUUAGAGCCACCUGCUGUUCCCGAUUUAGCGAGGCAUGAGUCGUUGGUGCUACACUCAG